AUUACUACAUUACUACAUAUUUUUCCACAUCACCAUUGUUGAUUUUUUAUCUUGACAGUUACAAUAUAUAUUUAAAAUUCAUUUCAAUUGUUUUUAGUGUUUAUAAUGUACUUUCAGAUGAGUUAACAGAAAAUGAAAAAUUCACACUUGGAACGCUACCACUAUUAAAAUAAUAUAAACAAAAACAACUGUCCAUGCUGUCAAUACAUUUGUGCGAUGCAGUCAACUCAUCUAACUAAUACUUUAAUUUUUCUUAUAACGUACUUUUUGGUAGUGAAUAAAUUGGUUGACUGCCAGUUGUGUGCGGCUAAUAUGAAGUACCACAUACACACUCACAGUUGUAUGAUUGCCGUUCAGUCGUUUCUAUAUUAUGAAGAAGCAAAGGAGUAUUGUGCUAAGACUUACUCUGGCGGUCACCUUGUGUAUGUUCUAGAUGAGGAAACUGAUGCAUUUAUUACAAGGAACUUUGUGACUGAUCGCCAUUGGUACUAUAUAGGACUAACUGAUAAAGAGGAAAAUGGUGUUUAUAAAUGGAUAAAUGGAAAGGAUGUUUCUUACACUGGUUGGAAUGUAAAAAGACAUACACCACUUAGAAACAGUGCCUAUGUGGUAGUGAGCUCAAACGGCUGGAAUGAAGUAUUUGACGAACGAAGAAAAUUUAUUUGCCAAUCAGUUGCAGGAAGAAGUUUACGUUUCUGGCUUAACCAGCAAUACUUUGUGAAUUCAACAAGGGAAGUUAUCGCGCUAACAAUGAAUACUUUAAGGUGUGAAGUAUUUGACAUCGACGACCACCAUCUACAAUUACUAUAUCAGAAUUCUGAUGGUACAGUGUCAAAGAUUGACGAGAAACUCGGUAAAAGUCUUACGUACACGUUCCGGCCAGGUUUUAACAGUUCUGGUGUCUACGUCUGCCAGAUUAGACAACAACUCGAAGGAAAGUCCGUCUCUCUAACAGGGACUCUGGAAGUAAUUCAUAACGCGACUUACUGUGAUGAACAGGAUCCCUAUCAUAAUUUAAUUGUUGCUGGCAAUACAGACGUUACAUUUCACAGGUUUUGUGUAUUUGUGUAUCCUAGACCUACUAGACUGACUGUUUUUACAGGUGCCACCAAGAAUAUCCCGGAGUCUAGAUACAACGCCAAUUUCACUUACAUUGAUGAGACAUCAGCACGAGGUGAAAUUGACAUCAGAUUCUACAACGUGACGUCAUCUGAUUAUGGAAGAUAUCAUAUUUUAUUUUAUCAUAAAUAUGUUUCGUCAAUACUUUAUUUCAAUAUCGCAGGUCCACCAAAGUGUCCGAACAACCUAACAUCAGAAGAACUGGAUCAAAAUACGGUGAGACUGACCUGGUCACCAAUAACUUAUGAAAUAUCUGAACAACUUUUUAAAAUUUUUAAAGCUGAUCGACUUGGUGACGUCCACUUGGAUACAGUCUCGUACGAGAAAAAAAUGAUAUUGUCUUACAAUGUGACUGGACUAUCACCUAACACAAAGUAUAGUUUUUAUCUCCGUGUGAAAGCUGGACAGUUUGAGACUCCGUGUAAACAUGUGAUAACAAGUGUUAUAAUAAAAGGACCAGCAGCUCUCCCUCAAGAUGGUGACACUAACGAUAUGUUCUAUAUCAUACCCAUAGUAGCUCUUGUGGUUCUACUGGUCAUUUGCGUGGUCAUCAUUGUCGUGGUCAGAAAAAUUAAGUUGAAUCAGAAGAAUAAAAACACAUUUAAUGACCAGAGAGACUACAGAUACCAUUGUGGAUCAGAGACCAUCUCCGCCCAACAGUCCAGUCCAAGUGAUGUCAACAGUUCUGCUAAUCCAUUAGCCCCAGUGUGUUCAAGCGAAGUCGCUGAAAACAUUUACAACAAUGUCCUAGAAAGCCAAGCUCAUCAGGGCGCUAAAGCUUUAAAACCGGCACGGAAGUCCGGGUCGUCAGUCAAGUUAAAAGAAAAGGUUUCUAUAGAAACAGGAAAACGUCAAGCAAGCACCUUACCUCUUGGAAAAACGUUGGUCACGUGGGACGAUGACAUAAAUGUUUAUGAAAAUACGCCGGAGGACACUCCAAAACAAGACCAAGAACAUACAAAUGAUAAAGAAAAUAUAGACAGGUCUUCAAAGGAAGGGGAAAUCUCAAACAGAGAGCUGCAAAUGCAAGAAGCUAAACCUAUUGAAGACUCUCGAACAGUUAGUCCUGAAGGUUUGGUCUACGUCAUGGUUGAGAUCAACAGAAGCAGUAAAACCCCAAAACUUGUGGAGGAAAAACCCCAAGCUAGUGACAAGUUGGGCAAGUCACAGGAUGAAAACAAGACAGAGAUAUGUCAAGAAGGGAAGUCAUCUUAUGACGCUGUGGAGUACAGCAGUCUAGACUAUCUGGCAACAUCACUAGCAGCAAUAGAAAAUAGUUCGGGAAGCUUAGCUGGCACAGAGGCUAAUGAAUAAAUAAAUCUUUUAAAAUACAAUUAUUCAAUGUUGGAAUGAAAAAAAAAACAAUGAUUAAGGAAACCAUAGCAUCUAAAUAUAUUCAAUAAAUAUUUAUAAUGCAAUAUCUUAUAGUUCAG